AUGGCUGGACUGGGCGACCCCAUCGAGGAGAAUGCAGACUCAGAGCUUGUGGGUAUGGGACUUCGUGUCUCUGUGUCUCCUGCCCAAACUGCUUUUUACAUCCUCCUGGUGAUGCUGGGCAUUGUGGGUAAUGCCACGGUGGUUGUAGUAAUUGGUAAGAGUGUCAUUAUGGACCGUGGUGGUGGACGCAACUCUGACAUCAUUAUCAUCAACAUGGCGCUGUCCAACCUGCUGGUGUCUGUGAUGAGGAACACUCUGCUCGUCAUCUCGGACAUGGGACUCCAGGUAUGUGACUCUGAAACAUAGUUUUUCAAAGUCUUUACGAGUUGCUCUUUUUUGUUUGUUUUAAAAUUAUGUUGAUGUUGUUUGCGACAGGAAGGUUUUGCUUGGGAUGUUACUGCCUGCUAAAAACAAACCUGUAGUGCCUGAAAUAUUAUAGGUAAAAGGUGCAUCAGCUGUCUGUGUGUCUGGUUUUACAGACUCCUUUGUACCCAGUUUGUCUGAUCCCUGUCUUUCACAGCUGUACUCCUCCAAAGAGUGGUGUCAGUUCCUCAUGGGGGUCUGGGUGUGGCUGCGAUCAGUCAAUGUGUGGUCAACGCUCUUCCUCAGUGCGUUCCACCUUCAAACACUGAGGCGUGUGGCUCCCACUAUCGGGAACCUCCACGGGCCCCGAGGCCCUCCUAAAACCCUACUGCUGAGUCUGGGCCUCAUCUGGCUCCUCAACUUGUUUUACUCUAUUCCUGCGCACAUAUUUUCCACAAACGGGAACGAAAACAGCACAGAGGUGAGAACCUUCAACAGCAGAAGAUAACAUUUCUACAAAAAGUUGAAAGGAUGGCAUUAUGUGAGUGUGAUCGAGCAAGUUAGUGCAGACUUUCACAUAAUAAUAUGAAAUUUACAAAAUAUUUUGCAAACUUGAUGUAAUCAAAACAACCAGAGCAAAUGUCAUAAUGGGCUGUAAGGGAAUACCUUACACACAGAAUAAGGAAAAUAACAGAUGUCUGUGCAGAUGAGAAAAUGACAUGGAAUAUAAAAGCAGUGGCGUAGAGAGUGAUACACGCCACCCAAUAUGGGAGCUCUACCAUUUUGAUUGAUUUAUUACAUUAAAGAUAUUCAUGAGAUCAAACCCAGGUUUGCCUUUUUCAUUGAAAAAGUAUCCUCAAGUAAAUCCUUGAUGAGUCUGUGUAGUGGCAGAUUCCUCUCUAACAGUUUUUAAAAGCCACUUGGAUGAGACGAGCCCCACAGAUGUACUGACACGUGUCCACCUUCAUUCAUAAAAUGACUCCAGUACUCACAGGUCUGUAGUUUUUUCCAUUUAUUUGGCUGAUUGCAGGUUCCAUAGAGCUCACAACUCAAAAACUGUACAAAAAAUCAAAAUGCUCCAAAUGUCAAAUGUCAAAAAACAUUUGCCGCUCAUCUCAACCUGAAUCAAAUAAAGACUGACCUGCACACCUGUGCCGGCUGACCUAAAAAGAUUGCAACUCCACCUAUAACCAAACAUCCUCUAGACAAGUGUAUCUGAAUCUACUAAUCAACGCAAACAACCCAUUUAAUUACUUUUAAAUCAUAUAUUUUGGGUGCUUACAAUUAAUAAUAUUAACUGAGACUUUCAUUUGUUUGCUUAAAAAUAAGAUUUUGACAUAAACUAAAAAACGGCUUCUACAGUCUGUGCCACUUCUCCUUCCACCCUUCUCCUUGCUCUUUCUCCAGACCCUGAUGUUGGUCAGCAGCACAACACGCCCCCUGCUGGGCUGUGUGUGGAACUUCCCCUCCAGCGGUCUGGCCUAUGCCACCACAUCUAUGGUCAUCCAUGAAACCAUCCCCAUCAUCCUGAUGGCCUUCACUAACCUGGGCUCCCUGUACACACUCUACACUCAUGGGAGGAUGAGGAGUUCGGUGCAGGAUGCACCCGUCAUAAAGCGAGUUCCUGCUGAGAGACGAGCAGCCAAGGUCAGACUGAAAAAGAGGUUUUCAGACUUGAAGAGCUCAUGAAAAGUGAAAGAUUCAAUUAAUUUAUGCAACAAACAUAAAUAUAGAUUUCAACAAACUGUUCUGAACAAAUGUUAAUCACUCACCUAAUUCUUUCAUGUGUUUUUCUUCAGGUAAUCCUCGCUCUCAUCAUGCUCUUCAUUGCAUCCUGGGGAACCAGCAUCAUCUCUGUCAACUAUUUCAACUAUAACCGCGGCUCCUCGGCUGAGUUUCUUCUUGUCAUUGCUCGAUUCGCCAACAUUAUCUUCAUUGCCUUGUCUCCUGCCGUUCUAGCAAUCGGACACCGUCGGCUACGCUCCUUCAUCAAGUCUAUACUCGCUCACUGACCGAGCCCAGACUGUCCUGCCAA